CUAGGGCAAAUUCCCUUUGCAGCCUUCAUUCAUCACCACCACUCCAUUUUUAUGUCUCUAACUUGCUUUUGCUUCCAUACGAUUCGUUGCAUUUCUCAUCGUUUCAACCUCUCUCACUUCAAUACCAGGAUUUGGAGUUGUAGUGGGAGAAACAUGAACCAAGCAGCUGAAAUGGGAACAAUGGUUAAUGGGUCUUAUUCAUGUUCUUCUAAAGUUGUCAUUAAUGAUCCUAAAUUGCUUAACCAAAAGAAAGCAGCUAUUCGCCUUGCUGGGCCAUCGAAAUUUCAGGUUAUUGCUGAUUUUGAUAAUACCCUGACAAAGUUUUGGGUUGAUGGAUGUCGAGGACAGUCCAGUCACGCCCUCUUGCAACAAGAUAACAAUGAGUACAAUGUCAAGAGAGAUGAGUUAUUUAACUACUAUCAUCCAAUAGAAUAUGACCCAAAAAUUCCAGUUGAUGAGAAAACGAAGCUCAUGGAAGAGUGGUGGGGUAAGACUCAUGGUCUUCUUAUUGAGGGGGGUCUUACAUAUGAUGCAAUUAAGAAAUCCGUAGCCAAUGGUGUGAUUGCUUUCAGAGAAGGUGUCAUUGAGCUUUUUGAGUUUUUAGAGGAGAGAGAUAUUCCAGUUCUUAUAUUUUCAGCAGGUCUAGCAGAUAUUAUUGAGGAGGUUUUGCGUCAGAAACUUCAUAGAACUUUCAAAAAUGUUAAGAUCGUAUCAAACCGGAUGAAGUUUGACCAGAAUGGUAACCUAGUAUCUUUUACAGGGAAGUUGAUUCAUAGCUUAAAUAAGAAUGAGCAUGCUCUUGAUAUGGCUGCAUCCUUGCAUGAUCACUUGGGUGAAGUUGAUGACCAAAUGAUAGACAGUGCCUCUGUGAAGAAGAGAACUAAUGUGUUACUUCUUGGUGAUCACAUGGGAGACCUGAGAAUGUCUGAUGGUCUAGAUUAUGAAACUCGAAUUUCUGUAGGAUUUUUAAAUCACAACAUUGAGAACUCUCUAGAUACGUACCAGAAAGGCUUUGACAUUGUUUAUCUGGACGAUGCACCGAUGACAGGGGUUGUAAAGCUAGUAUCAGAGCUCUUUACUUCUGCAAGUGAGUAAACUUACGAAGUAUAUAUGCUGUUUUACCUAUCUAUGGCACAGCCAACAAAAGAUUUCACUGGAUGGGGAUGGGGUUUUUUUUCUCCUCCAUCAAGCCUGCUACACAACAUUCAAGCAAUCUUUUGGAUCCCUCUUUUAAAAGAUUGGCAGUAAACUGCUGCUGUUGAUUAUUUGGUGUAGUAAAUAAGAUGGUGCUGAAACCGCAUUAUAAAAUUUAAAGAACUGAUAUCAGGCAUCAGGUAAAAUUGUAGUUUUUAAAUAUUGUAAAUCAGUGGUAGCUCUAUGAAAUGCACCACUAAAACCAUAAUUUUCUCACUUUUACGCAUCGCUAUGCGCUUAUGAAGUUAGGAUACUCUCUACAACCGUUGCCUUGAUUUGCAAAA